UUAUAAUAGAGAGAUGUAUGUUAUGUUUUUACAUUUUGCACAAAAUGUACCAAUAAAAUAUAUCCAACUUACUGAUGGAUAAUCAUGGACUAGAAUAUUUUAUUUUGUAGAUUUGGGGCAGUUGCUAGAUUAGUUUAAUCAUUUGCCGUAAUACAGACUCAUAUGAAUAUGAUUUCUCAGUAAAUUCUCUUUGAGUAUGUAAUUUUCAUACUUUUUGAAAACUGUGUUUAUAGUUUACACUGCAAAGAGGAGGAAAGGAGGCAUCAUUAAGUAGUAAUUAUCAGUGUUACGUCUCAGCUCCAAAGACAUUGGAUCAGUUGUUAGCUUGGCUCAUAUCUGGGGAGACUUUACAUGUUCUUCUCAAGGGUUUUCACUGAGUAGUUUGGUUACGUCAACACCCCCAUUUCUGCCUGUGAUCCUCCCAAAGGUGCUGUGGAUCCCUCAAGUGACAUCAAUAUGAAGCUAUGACCAAAAUAUUUAUAUAGAUGUAUUGUUUUUAGAAUCCACCUACCUAUCCAUCAAGUUUAUGAACUCAACUUUAGGGCAAAAGUGAGCCAAAGCCAAUCCCAGCUAUUCCCAAUUUGGAAUCACCAGUCAACUAACUGGUAUAUUUUGGAAAGUUGGAGAAACCAGAGUACAUGGAGACAAACUAUUUGAACAUGCACAUGCUGAGCUGGGUCUAAAUUUUUAGCUAGGCAGCAGCACUAACUACUGACCCUCCAUGCAGCUUUGCAUAUCUAUCACCUUUAUUUUUAAUUGGAGAUUAGCCAUAUCCUCUGGACAUGCAUAAAGAAACCCUGGUCAAAGAUGUUUGCAACAUCUCAAGAAUGUCUCUUGUGUUGUAACCUACAUUUUGAAACAGUUAAAUUGGUGUCGGAGACUGAAAACAAAACACUACUUUGUAAUUUACAUAGCCAGCAGUGCCUUUAACCAGUGCUUUACAUGGAAGAUAUUUAUAACUUGCAAAACUUUGCCCAUUGGUAGAAUAUGAAUGUUGUUCAAAUCUAUUAUGCACAAAUAGGAAUAUAAAUGUCAGUGUACUUCAUGAGUUACCUUGAAGAUGAGCCAAAUGGAAAUGCUCAAAGGAAUUUGUUUAGUUUUUUAUAAUUACUGAUGUUGAAGCAAUUUACUAUCUUUUAAAGGCUGUCACAUUUUGAAUCAACUUGUUGUAGCCUUUCAUUAAAAUGACAUCAAUUCCUCCUCCAAACAAUUGUUCUGUGGACUCCAGCAGCACUAAUGCGAUUGUAACAGGCUUGAAUGCUUUGGUUUUUGGCAUUGCUGCAAUUGUAUAUAUUGUGACAGUGUGUGUCUCUGUCCGUAUCAAAAGCUCCUCAACUUUUGUGGUGUACCUCAAGAACCUAAUUGUUGCAGAUAUUUUAAGGAUUGUCACCUUCAUAGUUCGAGUGAUUGAACCUUCAAUACCUCUAAAUGUCACUGUGCGUGUGUUCCAGUGCCGCUACUCUGAUGUCAUCUUUUAUUUCGCUAUGUACAUGAGUAUUAUUUUACUUGGAUUUAUAGGUUUUGAUAGGUUCCUGAAGAUUGUGAAGCCUUUACAAACAAAUGUAAUGAAGAACAAAGUCUUUGGAAUUACUGUCUCUGCUUUGGCUUGGAUUUGUAUGUUUUUUCUGAAUGCAUUGCCAAAUACUAUACUGACAGACCAGAUCCCACCACAAUCAAAGACAUUUCUGUGUACAGUGCUUAAGAAUGAUUUAGGAUUAAAAUGGCACAACUAUGUUAACUGUGUCAAUUUUGCCAUAUUUUUCAUUGUCUUUGUUUGCCUUGUAAUCUUUUAUGUAUUUAUAAGUAAGAAGGUGUUGCAGGCUUUUAAAAAUGCAAAAUGCCAAGGAAACACACCAAAUGAGACCAAUACAAGAGUAUUUAUAAUAAUAAUUGUAUUUUUCAUUUGCUUUACUCCCUACCAUUGUGUGCGAAUACCUUACUUACUGCAAGAGAAUUCCUUAUUAAGCUUUAAUGUAUGCAAUAACAGUCUGCAUGAUCUUAAAAAUAUCACUUUAACACUAACUAUGAUUAAUGUAUGCCUGAAUCCACUAAUCUAUAUAUUUUUAUGCAAAAAAUAUAAAAAUAAAUUGCUGGAAUUUUUGAGAGUGAAAAAGGAGAGCUUGCCUGGAAAACGUGAUAACUCAUCAGGCAAGAAUAGAUGUGAAAAAGAGACUUUAUAGAUAAUAGUUAUAAUUUAAUUUUAAGACUAUGCAUAUCAACAAAAGUUAUCUCCUAAUACACACAAUUAAUCUUAGGUUCUCUAUUACAAUUACUAAUGAAAGCACUUAAAAUGUUAUGAAGGUAGUACAUAACUUGUUAAAUUGUUUUGUAAUACAAUUAUGUGUUAUUCUUACAUACCUAAACAAAGGGAUGGUUUUCAAUUUUUGUUAUUUUAUUUUUGCUAUUGUAACUAUU